AUUAUCAGACAAGUCAACAGACAAUUGUAAGACAGAGAUAACGUCAGUCAAGCACUGAAAGGAGUAAAAUCAAGAAUCAAACAAGUCCAUCCUCUGAGCUCAAAAUGGCACCAUUCACCAUUGCAGUUUCAUCGUGUGCAUUAUUUAGACAAGAUAAUUCCCCAGGAGUUGCUUUUCCAUUAAUCAAGGCACUUAAGAUGGUGAAUCAACGUUUGAGGGAGAUGGAUCCAGCCGUUGAGGAGCCGUUUAAAAUAGUGGUGAUAGCUACGUUUACCAACAUGGAUGACCUCAAAAAGAGAAUUGACCACUAUAAUCUAAAAAUUGAGAUUGUGGGAUUGAAAAAAACCAUCCUAGAACACCUGAAGGCGAUCAAGCCUGUUCUCUUCCUUUCCAAAAACGAACAGAAUGUGAGAGAGGCCAUCGGUGCAGGAUACGGAGCAGCCACUAUGAUCCAGACAGAUUACGAUGAGUACAGUGAUGAAGAGUUACGUGUGGCCUUUGAUGGUGAUGGAGUCCUGUUUUCAGAUGAGUCAGAGAAAGUCACCGCAGAGAAAGGUCUAGAGGCUUUUUAACAAAAUGAGCGUGAUAAUGAGGCCACACCUUUGGCACUGGGUCCUUUAAGUGAGUUUUUUAAAGCUUUGGAAGGUCUCCAGAAGAGACACCAAAAGAUUCCAAUUCGUACUUACUUGGUAACAUCACGCGGCACAUCAAGUCCUGGAAUCAGAGCCCUAAAGACUCUUCAGGAGAACAAACUGGAGAUAAAUGAGGCAUUCUUUCUGAGUGGUGCCCCUAAAGGGCCUGUGCUGAAAGCAAUCAAUCCUCACAUAUUCUUUGAUGACCAGAUGACACAUGAAGUAGCCCUUCAAAAUGGGGUAAUUUGUGCUCAUGUACCUUAUGGUGUGAAGAAUAAGUGAGAAUAAAGCCUAAUCUUACAUAUAAAAGGGUGAAACUAUAUUUUCUUCCGCAUUAUAGUUUAAAAUGUCAGGAAAGCUACAUUUGGUAAUUAUUUUCUGUCUUGUUUCUUAAGGCUUAAAGUGUAAAUUAAAUUAAGGCAAAUGCUGAUUUUAUGGUAUUGUUGAGCUGGUGAUUAUAUUUUAAUGUAGAAACUGAUCAAUAAAUCAUUACAUAAAUGUAUUUGUCUUUGUUCUGGUUUCUCACUAUUAUUUAAUAGAUGAAGACAUUAUAUUUUCUCUGCAUAUCUCCCUCUCUCUUUUUUUUUUUUUUUUUUUUGUCCUUCUUGAUAACACACCAGAAACUAUAAAUAUACUAUAAAUGCUCUCAAAGACAAUGAUGUGGAAUUCAAAUGGAUAAAUAAAUGACAACAAAUACUUCCAUAGCUUUACAAAAACCAAUGGUUACAUG